ACUAUAGAUCUAAACAAUCUAAAAUACAGAUUGUUAGAGGGCAGCAUCCAUGGUCUGAUGAACUGGAUGGCAUUAGCACAUAUCAGAUGAUCAGUCACAUCAUGAGAGAGUGGUCAGGUUUUAGUAAAAUCUGUGUGAUUGCGGCUCUGACUACUGUUGCUGUCACGGCUGUUGCUGUGGUGGUAAUGUCCAAGAAAAAGAAAAAAGAGUAUGAGCUAGUAGGUCAUGUGUCUGCUCUCUAUUGCUACCCUGUCAAGUCCUGUUCUGGCAUUACCAACAAGAUUGCCUUUUGUACAUACUCUGGUCUGCGAAUGUCAAAUGUUCUAGACAGACAUUUUCUAAUUACUCGUGCUGAUGGUACAUUUGUAACCCAACGUCAAGUGCCAAAGUUGGCAGGUGUGAAGACAUCUAUUGUAGGCCAAGAGUUGCAGCUUGACUAUGAGGGAAAAGAAUAUAUUAGAACUCCAUUGUAUCCAAAAUUCAGUAAAGACUUUAUUGUACCUGUCAGAAUCUGGAAGCAUAAUGUUGAGGCUCAGUUUUGUGGUCAGGAUGUAAGUAAUUGGUUAAGUUCUGCUCUUGAGGAGGACUUACAACUUGUUGUCUAUGUACCAGGAGUGACACAAAGACUUAGCACUACGAAGAAUGCCAUUGAUAAAGAUAAGGUGUCCUUUCCUGAUGAGAGUCCUUAUCAUAUAAUAACAGAAGAAUCAUUACAUGAUCUCAAUUUAAGAAUACCAUCCUCUGAAAAUGGGGAGAUCACCACACAAAACUUCCGUCCCAACAUUGUUAUUAAAGGAGUGAAAUCAGCUUGGGAUGAAGAUAACUGGGUCAGUUUGAAAAUUGGCAAUAAGCUUGAAAUGAGAGUGCUGGCCCCCUGUGAUAGGUGUGUCAUGACCACCGUUGACCCUGAAGAAUGUAAAAGACGAAAUGAUGAAGAGCCACUUAAAACUUUACGAAGCUUUCGACUAUUCCCAGAAGUCAACAAAACUGCUCCUUUGUUUGGAAUUUUUACAGGAGUUACUGUAGAAAAUACUAUCAGGGUUGAGGAUCCAGUUUAUGCUCUGCGUAAAUAAGGCGCUAAAAUAGUAUUGCUUUUGUAAGCAUUUUUUAACAUAAUAGUUGUACAGCUUCUAUUUCAACUUUAGAAAAUUACAUUCUAUUUGUAUGUCCAAUGCAAGGAUCCCACAGAAAGUAUCAAGAUAUUGAAGGAACAAAAACUGUACAUGAUUCAAAGGACUUCUUGUUUUAAUUAGAAAACAGUUUUAGUGUUGAAACAUUUGUCAGCUGCCUUAUAUAACAUGCUUGCCACAAGAUUUCCAUUUUAUAUUCUUUGGACUGCUGUAGUUUUUGGCUUUCAAAUUGUUAUGUAACAUUUUUUUUUGUACUACUUUUAUUUUUCUAUGCAUUUUAAAAUAUUUUUGUGAUAGUUUUUGUUGUUGACAAAUCAUUCAAUCAUAGAAUGGCUAAAGUAUAACUGUGUGAAUGAAAUGUACAUCCCUCCAAUGUUUUGUAAAAUGUUUUUGUAAAAUGUUUUACAUGCUUGGGAUGUUCCUUCAGAGUUGAAGAUAGUUUACUUCCUAGUCCACACCUCCCACAGGACGACGGAGGAUGGGAGCGGGCAGGGUUUGAACCCGGGACCAUCGAUAAAUCCAAACGACAGUCCAGCGCGCAAACCACUUGACCAGGCAACCAUCCGAGUCUUGUCCAACAUGGUGGAUGAUGUCUUUUUGUGUGUGUCUAAUUUUGUUUUACUAGUGAUUACUUAUGAACUAGUAUUUUCUAGACAUGUACCAAUUAAUUGCUUUUUAAACUUGGCUAUAUUCUGAGAGCAGCUCAAAAGUUAUUUUUUUCUUGCUUUCUAUUUUGUAACAAAUGUUCAUGCUGAAACUUAUUAUGUCCCCUGUAUAAUAACCUUUUUACCUUUUCAGUACAUUGGGUUUCCCCAAACAUUCCUAAUGUUUCAAAGUUUUCUGGUAGUUCAUGGGUACUAGUGCUACUGGGUGAUAAAUGUGUGAUCUAUUUAGUUCUUUUGUUGCUAACUCAACUGAAACUCAAAACACUGAAAUACUCAACAUUGUAAUUUGCCUGACACCAGGAUUAAAUUCUUUUCUCAUCUGCAUUAAAAAUGAAGCAAUACACAAUUAGAUAUAAUUUUUUUGUGUGUAGCUUUCCCACAAUGCAUCAUCCCAAACUAGAAACUGUUCUUCCAAUGUCACACUUGGAAGGCUUCUGGUUUAAAGUUUGUCCAUCAUCAUAUUUGCUCAUUUUAUCAAGCAUUUCUAAACAAAAGCAUUUAAUUCUACUUUUUAAAAUGAUUUGACUAGAGAGAGUCUACUUCAUUCCCUUUAGUUCACUAUAGUUUAGACUUGACUACACUGCACUAUAUUAAAUAAUUUUAGUAAAAACUUCUAGUACCAAGAAAUACGCUCUUUCUAAGGGGAAUAACUUUAAAUGCACCUUAUUGACAAUAUAAACUUCACAAUAUUAACAAGUACUUUUCUAUAUAACACAAUGAAUUAUUUAUUGAAUAUUCAUUGUUUGUUUAUAAAAUAAUCUUUUAACAACUAGACAUUAUCACUGCAGUAUAAAAUGUUGCAACUAUUCUUAGGGCUUGUUUAAACCCAUACAUUACAAUAUGCAAUGUAUUGGUACCAUUCUUAAUAACAUACAAACCGCUUCCUAUUGACACCAUACAAUAGCCGACCUUUCUAACAGUUUCUAUACUUGCAAUAUCAAUAGACUUUGUUUACUUUUAAGAAGUUAUUUCUGGUCUUUCAGAAUGAUAAAACAAAACAUUUUCUUUAGACCUGCUAUUGUUCAAAUAUUAAUCUUUUUGAAACAAAAAUAAAAGCUUUGUGUAUAUUCCAGCUAUUUAUAAUAUACACUUGUUUACUGACAACUUUGUCAUUUUGAUGACAUUGCUAUGUCUAUAUAUUGAGCUUCAUUUUGUCCUUCUCUUAUUAUGUCAACCUAUUGAACUUCAGUUAGUCAUUAUCUCAGACGUUGGUUAUGUCAAGUCAAAGUCUAGUAAAAGAACAAAUAAGCACUUCUUAAAUUAUAACAAUUAAGCUAAUGACAUUAAUUAGUUUGAAGGCUAGAACUGAAACCAAUGAGUUCUCACCAAGUGAUGUGGUGAAUGCAGGUCCAGUUAACUUUACUGAUUUGAAAGAUUCUUUUGAGACUCUGGAGAGUCCUGUCUCAUGUAAGACAUUUUGGUUUCCAUAUCAGAGGUCCAUGGUUCAAGUCCUGGUUGGGGCUUGCCUUUUUUUUUUUUUUAAACAUAUUAUUUCUUUUUUGUUUUCAAUACUGCUGUUAUAAUGUUACAUUGUUUCUUGAUUACUUAAAUCAACAUAUUGAAAGCAAAAAUUAUUUUUUAUGUUUUAGAGAAAUCAAAACAUUUGAAGAAAAUUUUGAUUGCUUUGUUACUUAAAUACCAAAAAUUGUUGCUGUUUAUCAUAUACAUAUGAUGUUCCUAUUUAGAAUAAAUCUUACAAGAUUGUUAUUUACUGAUACAUUUUUUUUUUUGUAGUUUUAUUUUUUCCAGUUUUCUAUAUAAACAGUUUCAGUAUUAUUCCUGAGUAUUAAAAUGACAAAUUCUCUGCCAUAUUUGUGGCUGUACACAAGUAUCAUUUAGUUGUUUUUUUAUCCUGUUGAAUACAAGUCAGUGAUAUUCUGGA